CCUCGUCGCUCUUUCUUCAGAUGGCGCCACGAUGAAUGCUCUCAAAAGGUCUUUUGUAGACUGUUCAACCCGCCAAACGCAACUGCUUCGAUACAAGCAAGCUUCGCUUCGAACAUGUUGCUUAGCACGCCGCAAUUAUACCAGACCCGCAUUCGCGCCAAAGCCAUCGAUCGACAUCAAGCAUAUUCGACAGAAUCCAGGCUUGUACGAGCAAAAUUGCAUAGAUCGUAAUUAUGCAGCGCAUAGCAAGGCAUCAUGGAGGAUCAUUGAGCUCCACGAAGAGUGGCUUGCUCUUCAGCAAAGCGCACGCGGACUACGGGAACGAAACAACCUCAUUCGAGGGAGGUUGGCCAAAACGGCAGCCCACAUGAAGGAUGCGGAGGGGAAGCCACCAGCCCCCCAAAACAAGGGGUCGUUGAUCAACGAGGCCAAGGCAUUGAAGGCAGAGCUCAGUGCCAUCGAGGCAAAAGAGACACAGUUGCAAGAUGAAAUAGAGAACCUAGCGCAAGACCUACCAAAUCUGAGCAGCACGCACACACCGGUUGGCCUUGAGCCCGAGGUGGUCGAAUACAUCCACAAGCAUCCCGAGUCCACAUCGGGUGAACCAAAUCGAGUCUGGAAAUCACAUGUAGAUAUUGGUCAAGAACUAGGAAUACUAGACUUUUCUGGCUCGGCGCAAACUUCGGGCUGGGGAUGGUAUUUUCUCGUUGGCAACGGUGCAAUGCUGGAACAGGCGCUCGUACAGUACGCUUUGAGUGUAGCCAGGAAAAAAGGUUGGCUUGCAGUGGCGCCUCCUUCGUUGGUGUACUCACAUAUUGCAUCGGCAUGUGGCUUUCAGCCGAGAGAUCAAAACGGAGAGCAGCAGAUCUACGCGCUCGAGCAGGCGGAAAAGGACAAGACUAAGCCUCAGUUGGUUCUUGCUGGAACGGCAGAAAUACCUUUGGCGGGCAUGAAAGCGAACCAGACUCUGGAGGACAUCAACCUGCCACUCAAGACGGUCGGCGUGAGCAGGUGCUAUCGGGCUGAAGCCGGGGCUCGAGGUGCCAACACCAAGGGUCUGUACCGAGUACACGAAUUCACAAAGGUGGAGAUGUUUGCAUGGACACUGCCAGACAGUGUUGAAGAGGACCAUUUCAGCUCAACAGACGCUUCUAGCUCGGAGGCUGUCUUUACGGAGAUGUUGUCGAUACAGAAGGAGAUUUUAGAAGCUCUAGGUCUGCACUGCCGCAUCUUAGAGAUGCCUACGACAGAUCUUGGUGCGAGUGCGACGAGAAAACGCGAUAUCGAGGCCUUCUUCCCGUCACGACGAGGCAAAGACGAGGGAUGGGGCGAGGUGACCUCGACGUCGAUGUGCACAGACUACCAGAGCCGACGGUUGCACACACGUGUUCGUCUGGAAGGGCGUAAACUGGAGUUUCCUUACACCGUUAAUGGCACCGCGCUCGCCGUGCCAAGGGUAGUGGCAGCGAUCUUGGAGAACCACUGGAACGAGCAGGAUUCUUCUGUCACGAUACCGGAGGUGUUGCGGCCGUUCAUGGGCGGCCAGGCGAAGAUUGAAAAGGCCUAGCGUCGGGACGGACUGCGCGACAGGCUAAGGAUGGAAGUUGCUGUAUCAUAAGUUCUGUAUCAUCAGUGUUGCGUCAUUGUAGACUAUUUAGUUGAAGGCAUGGUUGGAUUUUCCAGUCGGAGCGUCUUGCUUCUUGUGACUCUAACGGCGCGAUGGCUGGGUGGCCCACAUUCGUCACGACCCGUAUCUCCCC